AUGGAGUUAAUUCACACGGACAUAGAUGAAUUACCUUCGAUUGUCCAAAAACUUCGAAAAUCGUUCCAUUCUAAUUUGACGAAACCUUUACGCUAUAGAAAAGAACAAUUAGGGAAUUUGUAUCGUAUGAUUGAUGAGAAUGAGCAAGCAUUUUGCGAUGCUUUGUACAAAGACCUUCAUAAACAUAAAUACGAAUCUCUGCUCGGCGAACUAGCUUGGGUUAAGCAAGAAGCUUUAGAUACCACUUCAAGCCUCAAAAACUGGGCUGAACCAAAUUAUGUCAAAGUUAACUUAGGAUACAUGAUGAACAAGUGUCAUGUGAGAAAAGAACCAGUUGGAAUCGUUCUGAUAAUUGGCACAUGGAACUAUCCUGUUAAUCUUCUGUUUAUGCCUUUUAUCGGUGCAAUUGCUGCCGGAUGUACUGUAAUUCUCAAACCUUCCGAGCUUUCUGUACACACUUCUGCUCUCAUAUCCGAACUAUUUCCAAAAUAUCUUGAUCAAGAUGCUUAUCGCAUUGUAAGUGGUGGUGCUGUCGAAACUACUGCUUUGUUGAAGCAUAGGUUCGAUCAUAUAUUUUAUACCGGUUCUGGCAAAGUUGGUAAGAUAAUUAUGUCUGCAGCAGCUGAACACUUGACUCCUGUCACCCUUGAACUUGGCGGAAAAAGCCCAACGAUUGUUGCAAGUGACGUAGAUAUUUCUAUAUUAGCUAAACGUAUAAUUUGGGGUACAAUGUAUAAUUGUGGUCAGACUUGUAUUGCGCCUGAUUAUAUGAUCUGCGAAAGAUCGGUUCAAGAUGCUUUUAUCAAAGAAGCGCCUAAAGUGUUAGAACAAUUUUAUGGUCUUGAUCCUCAAAGCAGCACUUCUCGUUAUUGCCGUAUAAUCAAUAAGAGCCAUUUUGAUCGAUUGCAAAAUUUGUUGAACCAAACUAAGGGAAGAAUCGUACAUGGCGGCAAUUUCGACAAAGAAGAUUUAUAUAUCUCACCUACAAUAGUAGCAGAUGUUCCUAAGGAAGAUAAGUUAAUGGAGGAUGAAAUUUUUGGCCCCAUUUUCCCUAUUGUCGUUGUUGAAAAUCUUGACGAGGCGAUUGAAUAUGUGAAUUCAAAAGAUAUUCCUUUGGCUCUUUAUCCUUUUAGUAAAAGUGAUAAAACUGUUAAGCACAUUCUUGAUAACACUCGAUCUGGCGGUGUUGUUAUUAAUGAUUGUCUUAUGCACUUCACUGUAAAAGAUUUACCAUUUGGUGGCCAAGGACCAUCUGGGAUAGGAAGUUAUCAUGGCAAACGGUCCUUUGACACUUUUUCUCAUGAACGAUCCGUUAUGACCACACCAUUUGCCAUGGAGAAACUUGUUAAAGCUCGUUAUCCACCAUACACUGAAUUUAAUAUGAAACUUUUAUUCUGGUUGUUUUUUAGUAAACCUAAAAAAACUAGAAAUAUAGCCUUUAAAGGCAUAUUCGGUGCUGCUAUUAUGCUUUUUAUCGUUUAUGGAAUCAGGAAAAUAAUACUUUAA